CUGUUUUCAACACUAAACUUUUGACCAAGAAUGAAACUAUUUAAAAGUUAAGAUGCCGACAGAUCACGAAGAGCCGUGCGGUUCCAGUCAUGGGUCAUUCUGCCUGAAUGGAGGGAUUUGUUAUGUGGUCCCCACUAUUCCCAGACCCUUUUGUAGAUGCGUUGAAAACUAUACAGGAGCGCGCUGUGAAGAAGUCUUUCUCCCGAGCACCAGCAUCCAGACCAGAAGUGACCUGUCUACAGCUUUUGUGGCCUUGACCCUUCUUCUAGGGACAUUCAUCAUCGGAGCCCUCUACUUCCUUUGCAGGAAAGGCCCCCUUCAGAGGACCACGUCCCUGCGCGACGAUAUGACCCUGGCAGAGAUGAGCAGCAGCAGCGCCCACCAUGAUCCUCAGUUUCCACUUUCUGGAAAAAGUCAGAGCCUGGAUGGGUGCAUCCUAGAAGCCACCUGA